UCAUGGUCAGCGAUUAACAUCUCUAACUUCUGACCACUUCUGAAGUUGUUUUAUUCUGAGAAGAAAGAGAGAAGAGUUGUGUUGUGGAUCGAGUGAACAGAACCUAAUGGAUGAGAUAUUGAACAAAGUGGGGUCAUACUGGUUCACCCGCAAGGCCAGCAAGGAGUUUAACUCUGUCGGUGAUGAUUUCAACUCACUGUCAACCAGUAUUGAGGGGGGAACCAAAUGGCUAGUCAACAAAUUAAAAGGAAAGAUGCAAAAGUUGUUAACGGAGCUGCUAAAGGAAUACGAUCUACCCAUAGGACUCUUUCCUCGUGAUGCAACAAACUACGAAUUCAAUGAAGAAACUGGAAAGCUUGUUGUUUACAUUCCUCAAGUGUGUGAAGUAGGGUACAGGGAUUCAUCAGUGGUGCGUUUCUCCACUAGUGUGACUGGUUAUUUGGAGAAAGGAAAGCUAGCAGACAUUGAGGGAAUGAAGACCAAAGUGCUGAUCUGGGUAAAAGUGACUGCUGUUUCGUCUGAGGGAUCAAAGCUCCAUUUCACUGCUGGCAUGAAGAAAACAAGGAAAAGAGAAGCAUAUGAGGUUUCUAGAGAUGGUGUUACCGUAGAUAAAUUCUAACCUGUUAACAUCCUUUUAUGACUAUCUGUACAAUGAUUUGUCUGUUCUUGUGGACCAUUUUAUUCUAUUAGAUAUGAAUGUAGUGAACUUGGCAUUUGGUGGAACUCCUCUUGGGGCCUGGUUGUUGAUCAAGUAGUUUUAAUUUUUUUGGUUUGGGUUUCUGUUUGUUUAACCUGUGUAACAUUAUAUAUAAUAAAAAUUAUAUUAAUAAGUGUUU